CAUUUGGCUUUGGCAGAGCUCGAAGCGCCAGCAGAAGCCCUGCCUCAGCAGUUUAGCCUGCCCAAUAAAGCAGCAGGCUUCAUACCGCUGGGACAGUCUGACAACCACAGCCAGAGACAAGCCCAUGCCACUCUGUCCAGCAGCCAGACAGGGAGAGGUCCCAGCAUACUCACGCACAUCCACAUAUGAACCACACAUGAAUACAUGCAUGCAGACACAGAAACACAGAGGUCACAUACAUGAACUUCAACAUUUGCUCUUUGUAAACUUUAUUUGGAGAUGCAAGAUGAGGAUUACCCCAAGAGAGAAAUUUGGGUAAUGGAAAUGCAUGUUCAGAGCUCUAUUGCAUAUGCUUCUCAAAAUGACACAGUAUGGUAGGCACAUGCACACACACACAAACCACGAGUCUUGACCAUCGCCUUAGAGGUCUGGGGUUUUGGGCUGUGGUCCAAGACUCUUCACAGGAACACAGGAAAUGACAUUUCCUACGUUUUGCAGGACACACAGAGAAAGAGAGAGUGAGAGAGAAAAAGCCAGAGAGAGAGAGACAGAGAGAGAGAGCUGGGAGAGUGAGUGGGAGUUUCUAAGUGGGAACAGAGCAUUUACUGUUUCAUAUUACACAGAAAAGAGGAGAAAGAGGAGAAGAGUUAAUGAGGUAUGUCAUGCCCUGAAUGUGACAGUGACCCCUGGGCCUGUUAUCAUGGUAACAGAGAAAGACAACUUGACGCUCUCCUGCCUCGUAUCUCAGAGGAAGAGGAGCGGAAGUGUCCUCAUCCUUCGCUGGUUCUUUUCUCCUCUUGUUGCACCAACUCUCACCCCUCCUCCCACCUCUCCGUCCCCCUCUCCUCCUGCCCUUGAGAGCUCUCAGUUUCUGAUUGUGAAGAUGGGCAUAAAGAAAAUGAAGCUGUAUGGGAACUACACCCGUCGAUUCCCCCAGCCAAAGUUUCGUCUGUAUGAGGAAACAGAGGGAGAAGUGUACCGGUUAUGGAUUCUCAGUGUGACAGGAAUGGACCAGGGUUUCUACACCUGUAGAGUUCAGGAGAUUCGUAAACACAGGAGCACAUGGAGAGCAUCAUCCAAUGGCACCAGCACCACACAGCUCACAGUGCACUUAACUCUUGAUGAUGGUACCAGUGAAGGACUGUUACGUUUAUUUGCAGAUGUGUAUCUGUGUGCCGUGCUGAUUUGCUCACUGGGCCUGUUGUCCAUCUUCCUGUUCACGCUGGUUCUCACUUGCCAGUACUUUUACAGAAGACACAGGCUCAAAGCCAGUUAUCUUCUGGUCAAGUGUCCAGAAAGUAGCUCAGGAGAGACUGUUACUAGUUCGAGCAGUUCCUCCAGUUCCUCCCCAAGAGCCCAAAGGAAAGACACAAGACAGAAAACCGACAGAAGAGUAACUGUAACACCACCUAAACUACCCGAGGAGCCACCACACAUACCAGCUAAAGUGCCUGUUGCUGUCAAGAGACCUCAGAAGCCCAGAAGGUUAAAGACUCAUCUAAAGAGUUCUGCCACUUCUCGAGUAUCACAGGAGGAUAGUCUGACAUAUGCAGAACUGGAGUUGGUCAGACCAAGGCCGGAGCCCCCCUCCAGCCCUGAACCCACACCCUCCAGCCCGGACACUGUGUACGCUCAGAUACUCUUCCAGGAAAAACAGCUGUAAAGACAGCAGCUCUGGACACAUGGAUGUCAUGGUGCCUCCUGGUGAGGGCAGAGAUUCAGCUCUCCAAACUGUAAUGUGGAGUGGGAUCCAAAGGACUAUAUUUAUGAACUAUCAGUAUGGCAUUUAGCAUUUGUUUUUUGGCUGUAAGUACGCUACAACUGUUGGUAAAUGAGGGUUUUGUGUUUUCUCUGCGCAGUUCCAUUCCAGCACAGCAGUUUUGGGGUCUUAUAAUUCUGUUGUUUUGUUUGUUGGCAUCGCUGGCCUGUGAGCCAGAUGUUUAUAAGAAUGCUCUUACUGUUAACUAUUCUGUAUAAACUCAGGAGACUGUGUGGAAAGAAACUGUUGUCCAGACUCUGCAGUGUCGUAAGGCAUUGUAACACUUUUCAACUGCAUUUAUAAUUCCAGUACUAAUACACCAAAUAAAUAAAUAUAUGCCUG